CCUCUAUUUUGUUCUUUUUCUCUCCUCCUUGCCCCUUCAUCAUUCUACAGAUGCUAGACCCUCGCUUCUAGACCAAGGUCCCUCAGACUCAGGGUCCUUCUGAGACAUCCCUCUCUAGACCGCCGGCCUCCUCACCCGCCACCGUCAGGAAUUUUCAACAAAGGCCACCACCGAGACCUUACGAAACGUCAGUUGUCUUUCAAGAUCUGCGCUAUUGUCAGCAGAUCCCUCGGGCCAGACGAUACCCGGUCUCUCCACCUACGCAUCAAACACAACGAGCCACAACCGCCGAGAAGCAGACAAUGGUCAUGUCUCACCACGUCAAUGGGGAUCCCUCUUCCAUCUUCCCUCUUGAGGGCGGCUGCGCCUGCGGCAACAUCAGGUACUCUCUCAAUGACUCGCCCCUAGUCGUCCACUGCUGCUACUGCACAUGCUGUCAGCGCGAAACCGGCACCGCAUUUGCCCUUAACGCCGUGGUCGAGGGGGACGAGGUGACUCUCCUCCCGAGCAAACCUUCCACCUCGCCGAUCCAACCGCUGGCAUCUUUCCCGAACUCCAUCCGCGACGACUGGACUCCCAAGCUGUAUGGGCCCGACGGACACCACGAGAUCAACGAGGCAAGUGGCUCUACCGGGGAGAAGAGCAGGGCAGGUAUCCCCUCACCUGUUAUGCUGCCCGUUCCAGCCGAAUCAGGCGCUCCGCAACACAUUGCUCGUUGCCCGCUUUGUCUUACACCUGUGUGGAGCAACUAUGACGGGACUGGCCCCUUGAUGAAGUUCAUCCGCGUCGGGACCCUCGACUCACCAGCUCUGCUGGGUGGUCCGGAUACCUAUAUUUUCACGCGCAGCAAGCAGCCCUUUCUUGAGAUUGCCAACGAUGGCAAGCCUCGCUUCGACGGCUUCUACCCGUCAAAGGAGGGCAUUUGGAGCCCCGAGGCGUUGGUUCGUCGGGACAAACUGAUUGUUCGCGUUAAGAAAUGGAGGGAAGAGAAUGGCUUGGAUGUAUAAGCGGGUAUGGUCUUAAAGUGUGUGUGGAGGGGUUCUCCUCGGCUUCCGAUCUGUCGAUAAAAAAUCAUGCACACAUCGCGUGUUUUCGUACCACUUCAUGAGCUACCAACCUCGGCGUUGCAUCUGAGAAACCUCUCACCAAGCCUAUCUCUGUCAGCUGCAGGCUACAGUAGAUCCGCUGUUCCGAGUUGUCUCGUUUUGUACGCCGGAAUAAAGUGUUGCUUGUGAAAUCACA